AUGCAUCGUUGCGCAUUUUUAUUGACGCUAUUGGCCGUUGCGGCCAUGGUUGCUGCAUCACCCAUCCCACACAAGAAGAACAAAGGAUUAUUGGGUAUUGGAGCAGGUGGUGGAGCUGGUGCCGGACUUGGCUUGGGACUAGAUUUGGAUUUGGGAUUGGGCCUUAAGGGCAGUGCUGGUGCCGGUGGAAAAGAUGACUCCAGCAGUGAAGAAGAUCAUGGUCAUAAGAAACAUGGACAUCGUGGUGGCUAUGGCGGUGGUUAUGCUGGCCAUAGCGGCGGUAGCAGUUUUGGCGGUGGUUUCGGUGGUGGUCAUAGUGGCGGAAGCGGAGGUAGUGCUGGGGCCAGCGGAAGUGGUUUUGGCGGCGGUCAAGGUGGCGGUCAUGGCAGCGGUAGUGGAUUUGGUGGUGGCCAAGGAGGAGGUAUUGGCGGUGGUAUUGGUUUUGGUGCCGGAUCGGGCAGUGGAGUCGGAGGGGGAAGUGGCAGCGGAUAUGGUGGCGGCCAAGGCAGUGGAUUUGGAGGCGGCCAAGGCAGUGGAUUUGGUGGCGGCCAAGGUAGUGGAUUUGGAGGCGGCCAAGGCAGUGGAUUUGGUGGCGGUCAAGGCAGUGGAUUUGGAGGCGGUCAGGGUAGCGGCUACAGUGGCGGCCAAGGCAGUGGUGUUGGAGGUGGUCAAGGCAGUGGAUUUGGUGGUGGUCAAGGAAGUGGUUUCGGUGGUGGCCAAGGCAGUGGAUUUGGUGAUGGCAGUGGCAGCGGCUACGGUGGUGGCCAUGGCAGUGGAUUUGGUGGUGGAAGUGGCAGCGGCUACGGUGGCGGUCAAGGCAGUGGAUUUGGUGGUGGCAAUGGUUCUGGCCUUGGUGGCGGUUUCGGUGCUGGAAUCGGUGGAGGUUAUGGCGCUGGCAGCAAAGGUGGCUAUGGCGGAAAUUCGGGCUCAUAUGCUACAUCUAGUGCCCAAUCGUCCGCAUCCAGUGGUAGCUACUCCCGUUGA